GCUUCUCUCUACCCCCCAUUUUUCAUCAUAUUAUUCUCCAUCAUUUUUUUUUCUGGGGGUCUUUAUGCUUCUAAGGCAGUUUCAAGUUUAAGCCAAUCCUCGAGGCAGUUUUCCAAGCAGAGGUUGGUUCAUCUAAGGUUACACAACUCUUAACAAUUGUGUAUAUUUAAAACAGGAUGACCACUUAUGCUGGGGAAAACUCUAAGGAAAGCAGUUCUUCCUCUCUAGCAAGGCUUGCUCCCCUUCAAGCGGUACUAUUUGACAUUGAUGGAACUUUAUGUGAUUCAGAUCCAUUUCACUACCUUGCAUUCCGUGAAAUGCUUCUGGAGAUAGGCUACAAUGGGGGAGUGCCAGUUGAUGAGGAAUGGUUUGUUAAGACAAUUUCUGGGAAACAUAAUGAUGAUCUUGUCUCUGUACUUUUCCCUAAUGAUCAUGAAAAGGGUGUAAAAUUCUUGGAUGACAAGGAAGCUUUGUUUAGAAGGUUGGCAAAAGAACAAUUGAAACCUCUAAAUGGUCUCUAUAAGAUGAGAAAGUGGAUUGAAGAUCGUGGUCUGAAACGAGCUGCAGUUACCAAUGCGCCUAGAGCUAAUGCUGAACUAUGUAUAAAUCAACUCGGCCUUGCUGAUUUUUUUGAUGCAAUUAUUCUUGGAAGUGAGUGCAGACAUGCAAAACCAUAUCCUGAUCCCUAUUUGAAGGCCCUUGAAGUGCUAAAUAUAUCAAAGGAUCACACAUUUGUAUUUGAGGAUUCUAUCUCAGGAAUAAAAGCUGGAGUGGCAGCAGGGAUGUCUGUUGUUGGCUUGGCGAAUCGAAAUCCAUGUGAGUUACUUAUGGAAGCAAAACCUGUUUUUCUUAUUAAAGAUUAUGAAGAUCCAAAGUUAUGGGCAGCACUUGAGGAGAUUGACAAGAUAUCUGGUACCAAGAAGACCACAACAUGAGGCAAAGAUCGAAGAAAAUAACUUACUCAUAUUCGAUGUUUACAUUAAACCAUAUUGAUUUUACUAGGGCUAAUUGAGAUAUUGAGAUGAAAGUGAACAGUACUGAUUAACCAUGUUUAGCGAUAAAAGUGUACGUGAAAGACACGUUUUCAUGUACUCAUCGGGUUAAUGCAAACACCAUGUAUAAGAUCUUGUUGAAGCAGAUCUCUUAUUAUUCAAAGAAGAAAUAAAACAAAUCAAUUA